UUUCAGGUGGCUAUGGUAGAAGUUCAGCUGGAUGCUGAACACGACUACCCGCAAGGCCUCCUGAUAGCCUUCAGUGCCUGCACCACUGUCCUCGUGGCAGUUCACCUCUUUGCACUCAUGAUAAGUACCUGCAUCCUCCCAAACAUAGAGGCUGUUAGCAAUGUGCACAAUCUCAACUCUGUAAAGGAGUCUCCUCACGAGCGCAUGCAUCGGCACAUUGAGCUCGCCUGGGCAUUUUCUACUGUCAUUGGGACUUUGCUCUUUCUUGCAGAGGUGGUGUUACUGUGCUGGGUGAAGUUUCUGCCUUUAAAGAAGAAAACUGAUAAUCCUCUUCAGAGCAACAGCUCCUCUACCAUCACAUCAGGACAGGCAGCAGCCAUUGCAUCAACGUCUAUUAUGGUUCCCUUUGGACUGAUUUUCAUUGUGUUUGCAGUCCACUUCUACAGGUCGCUGGUGAGCCAUAAAACAGACAGGCAGUUUCAAGAACUGAACGAACUUGCAGAAUUUGCACGGCUCCAGGAUCAGCUGGAUCACAGAGGUGACACGAUCUCCUCAGCUGUUACCCAUUUUCCGUAAACCUGUCCUUCAGAAAAAUAAACCCACUAUUCUGCUUCUGCC